AUGGAUGAGCCUGAGCUACUCACCGCCUUUAUGAAGGUCAAAGAACUUGUACAACAGUGCAAGUACAUCAACAACAAGCCUGUGGGAGUUACUUUUGACCUUGUAGUUAUGCCUGUGGUGCUUGGAGGUGUCAAUGGUACCUCUACUCAGCACCAGUUGACUCAGGUUACAGAGACUCAGGCCAACCACAUUGCUGGCAGAGGCCUCAGCCAAGUGCAGAAGUACUGGAAAUGUACACUGGCUCACUGUUACAACAUCGACAACACAUGCUGGGUUGAUAUCGAUGAAGGAGAAGAGCUUCCAGGCAGGCUGGAGAGACACCAUGAAGUACCAGGUCCUACCAUCAUGAACUGGGACCGGGAGCUUUUGCAUGGUACCUCAACAUUGGAGCGACCUUCUGGUAAUAUUGUCAGGCAGCUCUACGCCUUUAAGGCAAGAGAGAAGAGAGCAGCAAAGUCCACAGCAACUGCUAUAUCUGACAAGAAGCUUGACAACCUCCUCACGAUGGUUACUGUACUUGCUACAGUACAGGUUACAAGUGCGUUGAGCGAUGUGGCAGCAGCUGGUAAUGCGGGUGUUGACAUCUCAGACCUUAUCCGCAAGGCCUUGGGUGGUGGUGCUGCCAGAGGUGCUCCCAACAACGAUGGAGUAUAG